GAUGGCGUCGUACGCCAAGAGUUACGUGUUCCCGCUGGCGCUGACCGACGCGUGGAAGCAGGAGAUCGCGAGCAGGACGCGCGAGAAGCUCACGGAGAUGCUGGGCGUCGAGGUGGACAACGUCAUGGCGGAAUACGUGAUCGUCAUGGUGGGCAACAAGAAGAACAUGGAGCAGAUCGCCCACGACCUCGUGGACUUCAUCGGCGAGGAGUCGGCCGAGCAGUUCGCGGCCUGGCUCAGUCUCCUGCUGCCCACGUUCGAGGCCCAAGCUCAAGCCGAAGAGCCGCAGACGGAGGUCCAGGCCCCUGAAGCUGAGCAGCCUCAAGCUGAGGACGAAGCCCCCAAGCAAGAGAAGGAAGAGAAGGACGCAGAGGCCCCACCCAAGCGCGUUAUCAGCUUGAAGGGGCUCUCCUCGUCGUCUUCCGAGCCGCCCAAGAAGAAGAUCGUCUCGCUGGGCGGCAACCGAGGCACAAUCCGCUCGCUGAACCCGUCGAAGACCGACAUGGAGGACGUGAUUGCUCGACGAGCGCAGCGUUUCGGCGUCGUGGAGAAGAAACCAGCGCCCAAGAAGUCGCCGUCAUCCAAGGAGGACCGUCAUCAGCGCGACGAGUCCAAGGCGAGUGGGAACAAGCGGCGGGCAAGUGACCGGGAAAGUGGCGGCAGACUCUCGCAACGACUGGGACCGCCUGUUAACGUUGACCAGGCCGAGCUGGACGCUCGUGACAGCAUGGGAUCGCACAAGAAGAGACGCAACGACCGCGACCGCGAUCGUGGCGAUGAGAACCAGCGCGGAGAUCGACGCGGCAACCGGAGAAACGACCGAGACAGGGAUCACGACAUGGAGGAUGCAGGACGCGGUGGCAAGCGGAGAAACAGCGACUCGCGUGACGUGCAGCCGCCUUUGCCGCCGUCGGAUGACAAGAGUGACUUCAAGGACAAGCAAGACUACGGACGAGGCAUGGGUCCGCCCAUGGGGUUCCAGGGCGGUCCGAUGGGCUAUGGCGGUUUCCCUCCGCCAUAUGGAAGUCCGAUGUUUUACCCUCCGCCAGGCUACGGCCCUAUGAACCCGUACGCGAUGGGUUUCCCGCCGCAAGGCAUGCCGCCGUACGGUGGCCGCGGCUUCCCUCGGGGUCCCGCUGGAGGAAUGCACAACGGACCUCGAGGAGCUCGACCAUUCCAGAACCGCAAGUGGGUCAACCCGAACGUUGCCAAGGCUGAGGAAGCAAAAGCAAGUGAAGGCAAGCCAGAAUCGGACGCGGCUGGAGGCGAAGGAAGCGCCGCACCGCAAAACGCCGGCUUGAACGCUGGCGCUCCCGCUUUCGCCCCGCGCAACCCGUACUUUUCAUCGCAAAUGCGGCCGCGUUUCCAGAACAAGACGUGGGUGCGACAGGAUCCCGCCAAGGACGAGGAGCUGAACUCAAGUUUGCCGAAGACCCCUCCCAAGGAAUUGCUGGAGAGCACGGAGUAAGCUGAACGGACGCGCACUCGGCAUCAACUUGAGAGCACAGGGAAAUCAAGUUGACAAGGCCCAAGAAGAAGAAUACAUGAGAGUUCGAGUCGAGACGAGACGAUGCAACCAGCGCUACCCUCUCUAGUCAUACACACAGCAACAAAGGGCUAUCGACGUGUUCAGCCACGAGCAACCAUGCGUGGCAUUAGGUGAAAUAUAUGGCUGACCUCAGCCACUUCUUUCCUUUUU